GGUAGGUACUCCCCGGUUGUCUUUGUCAGCACUCAGGCCACCAAAGAGGCAGCCGUUGGCAGUCACCACUGAGGCAGCGGACUCGGAGCAACACAGAAUUGAACCCCCCGUGCCCCCCUCAGUCUCAAUUUGUUCCAGCACAUUCCCGCGGGUAAGGUACGAGUACGUAUACGUAACCCCCCUACCAGCAAUGGCAGCGACACUGAGAUUCGUCUCCACCUCCACUGGCACAGGGGCUUUUUAGCGUUAGAGAUGUAUCUUAGGUAAUCCACUUCACCGCAGCGAGACAGCGCCCGGGUCGUGCGACAAUCCCGACACUCCUGACCUCCUGUUGUCGUACUCCGUUCACUACCUACUUAGGUACCUUGCACUUAGUAUCUUUCAGCGUACUCCUCCCAAGAUACGCCUGGACUGACUCUCCGACGUUCAUCACCGCAGACGAACCGAACCAACGUUGAUGGUGUACGUAGUAGUCCUCUUUUCCUCCGAACCAACACCCUUUUUUUCUUCAGCACAACACCACCAUCGUCGUUCCUUUUUGUCGCCUCACCCCUCCGAUUUCUCCUACGAUCCUCGCGAAACGCUUCCUCGCCUUUUUUCUUUUCGUUUUUCGCCUGGCUCCUUUCGAAUAACCGCCUCCGUAUUCCCCGACGUCUCCUUACCUCCAACGCCUCUUCCCCCCAAUUACCGACUACACAGCGCUAGCCGUCUUCUCCCCCAGUGGCGAAAGGGGCGCCCCGAGUCCUACGGUUUCAAGACAACGAGAAUAGAGAGAAAGAGAAAACAAAAACAUUACACCACAUUCGUCAAGAUGGCUGGACGUUAUGAGCGGGUAAACGCCCAGGACGAGGACGACUUCAAUAGCCCCAACUCCGCACCGCCAAGUCACGCGCAAACUGUGCCAAACUCUCCGCCCCCGUCCUUUCACUCGAGAGCAUCAUCGCGCGAUCGUGCCGCCCACGGAGUCGACUCUACCCUCGCCGACGCAUUCGAUACCGAUGGCGACGAAAGCGAUGACGACGCCGACGACAGGCAGAGAUUAGUCCGCGCCGACUCCACCCUGACCUCCCGCGACACAUCCCGCACCGUCUCCUCCGAGUCAAGACCCCAGCCCGAUAGGCAGGUCACCCAGCUUCCUCCCACUACUGCAUCCGCAGCAGGUGGACCUACGACGCCGUUCCGCAUCUACGGCAGCGGUAUUCAGAAUGAGGGUGUCUUUUCCAACUUGACGGCGAAGCCUGAGCGGGGAGGCGAGACGAAGGAGGAGCAACCUCCGACAUAUGAGCAAGCCGCUGCGGAUGCCGCACCCCCCUACUGGGAGACGACUAUCCUUGCUCCAGGCCUCGGCGGACCCGACGAAGUCUACAUUGAUGGGAUGCCCGUCGGAUCUCUCUUCAGUUUUGUCUGGAACGGCAUGAUUUCCAUGUCCUUCCAGGUUGUCGGCUUCAUCCUCACGUACCUCCUCCACUCGACUCACGCGGCCAAGAACGGGUCCCGCGCCGGCCUGGGCAUCACCUUAAUUCAGUACGGUUUCUACAUGAAGGGCACAACAGAGGGCGACCACCCGCCCAAGAUGAACGGCCAAGACGGAUACGCGGCACCACCCGACCCCAACUCGCACAGCUUCGACCCCAACGCGGUAACGGGAGAGGGCGGCGGCGGUGUUUCGGAUAUUACCGGACAAGAGUGGAUCGCGUACAUUUUGAUGGUUGUCGGAUGGUUCGUCCUCAUUAGGUCUGUUAGCGACUACCUCAAGGCACGGCGCCACGAGCAGCUCGUCCUGCAGAGCCCCGACCGUGGACUGCCUGUGCCCAUUAUCGCAGAUGGCGAGUCGUCCGAGAGAGUGGUAUAGCAUUGGCGUUUUCGUGUGUCACAGCGUGACGAAGCGCAGUCGGUUAUUCUUUUUGUGUCACAAAGUGGUUAUUGGUCUGGGCCACGAGUCUACGACAUUUGGCAUCUCGCGCCUUUUCUUUGCGUCGUUCUGUGGGUCUUGGGUGUUUUAAGGGAACGGAAAUGGGAGCAGGGUAAUCUACAUAGGAAGCACAGCAGCAGCUUUCAUUCUCGGCAUCAAUACUGAGGUUUUCUUGGG